AUGAAUACAGACUCCAAGGAGGUUAUAUCCCUGGAUGUUCAAGCUCGUGAUGUUUGGGAAGAAAGUCACCUCCAAAUGCAGGAAUCCGGACUGAAACACAGUAAUCCACUGGCAAGAGAGAUCUUCCGAAGGCGCUUUCGACAGCUCUGCUACCAAGAGACCCCUGGACCAAGGGAGGCUCUCACCCGACUCCGUGAUCUUUGCUACCAGUGGUUGAGGCCGCAUGUGAGCACGAAGGAGCAGAUUCUGGACCUGCUGGUGCUGGAGCACUUCCUGUGUAUCCUGCCCAAGGAGUUGCAGGGCUGGGUGCAGGAGCACUGUCCAGAGAAUGGGGAAGAGGCAGUGAUUUUGCUGGAGGAUCUGGAGAGAGAGCUCAAUGAACCACAACAUGAGAUGCUAGCCUACAGACACCGACGAGAAGUCCUCUCUAAAGAGACAGUUUCUCUAGGAGAGCAGAUGUCACUGGGCCUUCAGUCCCAGCCUAAGGAGCCCCAGCUCACAUGUGACCCUGCUCAGGAGCCCCACCGUAUUGGAAAGACAGGCACAUCUCUGUUUUGCAAACCUGUUGUCAUCUCCCAGCUAAAAGGAGAAGAACCAUGGUCUCACCCCAGAGGAGUCCUAAGAGAUGGAAUGACCAAGACUGAGGACAGAGAGGUGUCCAUGGUGCUAAGGAAAGACUGUCCUAAGAGAGUGGAACCACAUGGGAAAAUGUCUUACGGACAGACCUGGGAGAUAUCACAGCAGGAUCCACGACACAGAGAAGUUGGUGACCACAAGGGUGGGGUAGAGAGGUACUGGGGAAACCCCUUAGGAGCCGGACCAUACAGAUGUGAAGAAUGUGGGAAGAGCUUUGCUCAGAGCUCAGAUCUUGUUCGACAUCAAAGAGUUCAUACUGGAGAAAGACCCUACGAAUGUAAUGAGUGUGGGAAAACCUUCAGUCGGAGUUCGGGUCUUUUUAAUCACCGAGGAAUCCACAAUAUUCAGAAACGGUACCACUGUAAGGAGUGUAGGAAGGCCUUCAGUCAGAGUGCCGGUCUCAUCCAGCAUCAGAGAAUCCACAAGGGAGAAAAGCCCUAUCAGUGCAGCCAGUGCAACAAGAGCUACGGUCGGCGUUCAUUUCUCAUCGAGCAUCAGAGAAGCCACACGGGAACGACCUCACCAUUGCAACAAAUGUGGGAAAAGCUUUAA